CUUGAGCAGCUGGGGCUGAGCUCUACAUGAAGCUGUUCGCGGCCCUGUUCCUCUUCACGUCGGCCGCCCUUGGGCUGGUUGCUCCUCGGCCGGCGCAGCGCGCUGUCUCCCACUCGGACACCCAUGCGCCGGCGCUCCUGAUUGGCGCGAGUCCUGCUCGGCCGACUCUCGCCGCGUCGCGCUCGCUCGUCCUGCUGCAAGAGCCGGAUGGCGUCGCAGAGGCGAAGCUGACGUGGAACACGGCAAUCGACGCAGAGGGCAACACGUACUACUGGAACUCGGCGGGCGCGUCGACGUAUGAGCAGCCGGCCGACUUCGACCCGGCAACCGCCAAGAGCAGCGGGGUCUACCAAGCCAAAGGCAACGAUGGGGCGUUGUACGACGACGAGGUUCCGGAGGGGCAGCAGGUCGUCUACACUUCUGGGGAGAAGAAGCCCACGCUUAGCAACACAAUGCGCGACAAAAUGAUCGCCGAGUCGCGUGGCCUCGGCGCGGACCCGAACGCGAAGAAUCCUUUCCUACCCGUGUUCUUCGGCGUGGGCGUUUUCGUCGUGCUCGGUGCCCUUACACAAAUCUGAGCCGCCCGCGCUGCCACGUGCAGGGGAGUGCAUUACGCUUUACGGUGGCUAGCCCGGUCCUCCUCCCAGAUCCGCGACUCUUCGCCCGCCCGCGAGAGAUUGGGCUGCGAGUUCCGAGAGUUGACUCGGGUGGUGGGUGUGCACGCGGCCCUACUGUUGACUGUUUUUGUCAUUUUGGAUUUUGAGCAUGUGUACUGUCGUGCUUGCUAUCCCUCCCGCCCCGCUCGGUCUCUCUGGGCGUGCGUCCAGCUCCUCGAAUUUUACAAAUUUGGUGACACA